UCUAUACACAGGGGGGACCGAAAAAUAUCAGGAGGAGGAGGCCAAUCUUCUAACACCUAAUUUUCCCCCAUACCUUUUCACGUACAAUUCCACUCUCCCAAUUAUCACAACAAACCAUUACUAAAAAAUUCUCACCAUCAUCUUCUAUCCAACAUACACCCAUAACCCACUUUAUAUCUCACACCCAAUUACUACAAGAAAAUUCUCAACCAUAAGCCAUAAGUUCUAAAAGAUUCUAACAACAUCAAUGGUUCAAUAGUUUGUUUUGCAGAUGAAAGGCAGAGGAACAUAAUCGGAAACUGACACGCUCCCAAUCCGACCGCCGCGCUUCAAUCUCCCCCGAUCUUCCACCUUGCCGAAACAACUCCGUGAGAUCGCCUACACCGAACAGCCACGCAAAUCCGGCACCACCCAACUUUGCAAUCCGCUCGCGUCCGAACGGCAUCGACCACAACCUUGCCAUUUCAGAAAUAGAAUAACAAAGGAAAAGGAAGUCGAAAUUGAAUUCGAUGGAGAUGCAGUGCACCACCAUUGAUAAACCUGUAAUAGUGAAUCAAUACACGACAAGUUUGAACUGAAAAAUUACGGCAAAACAGAAAGGAAGAAGAGCAGGUAUGUGCUUCCCGAUCUUGAACAUACAACCGCGGUUCCUCCGUGACUCCAUCGGCCUUCUUCCUCCUUUCUAAGAAUCGCACCGCCAUCCACCCAGUUUUGCAGGAAUGCGAUAUUCUGGACAAGCUCAAUAUGGGGAGAAGAAAAUAUUGAGGAGAAGUAAAUCUGAAGAAGAAAUCAAAGAGUUGAAGCAAUCAAGCUUAAUGUUCUGAUACAAGCCUUUGCUAGUGCUCUGAUACAAACUUUGCUCUGAUUGCUCUAAUACAAGAAGUUACAAGAUCAGAAAGAAGCUAUGCUCUAACGCAUGAAGCCACAAAACUCUGAUACAAGCAAGUCUUGUUGAUGCUGAUAAAAUCAAGUGAUCUCAAAGAGAAAUUCAAAGCUCUAAAGUUGUCAAAUGGAAGCUCUGAAGUGAAGCUCUGAAUUAUCUGAAAGUUCAAAGUUCAACGUGAAAGUCUCAUCUGAAAUGCAAAAAUACUCAGGGAAGUCUUUUAUUGAUAAAUUCUUCUAGUAUUAAUUUCAGGGGGAGAUUGCUAAUCUCAGGGAGAGACAUAUUCACACACUCUGAAUUAUAUGAUUUAUGCUAUAUCUGUGUAUUGUCUUUGUUCAUCUGAUAUUCUAGAUACAAAUUCAUAUCAAUUCUGUAUGUUUUUGUCAUCAUCAAAAAGGGGGAGAUUGUUAGAACAAGGAAUGUUCUUAUCAAUAUUCUUAGUUUUGAUGAUAACAUUAUGUAUGAAUUUUGUAUAAGACAAUGUGGUACUCUAAUUCUUUACGUUUUCCAUUUCAGGAAAAGUAUAAAAGAGUAUACACAAAUCAGCGUUCAGAAGCACUGACCCAGAAGUUCUGGAUGGCUUCACCAGAACAUGGUCUGGCAAGACAUCAGAAGAUGGUCCUGCAAAAUCAAACAUGAUCUGGAAAGCAUCAGAAGAUGGCAGUCAGAAGUAAAAGCUCUGAAGCUCUGAUGGUAUCACGCUGAAAGCACUUCAAGUCUGAAGACAGAAGUUGCAUCUGCACCAAAGCUGAAGACUAUGAAAUUCAAACGUCUAUUCUACACAUUCUGAGUCCAGAAGAAAGUACAAGAUGAAAAGGCUAUAACGUCAAAUCUCUGGCUGACAAAAGGAAUGUUAGAAGCUAAAAAAGGCAAAGUCAGUAAAAGCAGCAAGAGCAUGGCUCGAGGUAGUUGACAAAAGUGUGAAACAUUAAAUGCAGCUUUCUACUAUUCACGCAAUGCAUUAAAUGCUCCCAACGGUCAUUUCCUCUCAGUGCCUAUAUAUAGAAGUUCUGAUUCAGAAGCAGCAAAAACACUCUUGCGACUUGCGCAAAUAUACCGAAACGCUGUCAAACUGAAAAUCAAAGAAGAACUUCAUCUUCAACCUCACAACUUUGUAAUAUUUUAGUGAGUGUUAAGAAUUAGAACUUAAGAGAAAUAUCACUUUGUGAUUACAGCUUUCUUAGAAGCAAAUCAAACUCUUGUAUUAUUUGUUUUACAUUGAUUGUAAAAGGAUUUCCUAGAGUGAUCAAGUUGUGAUCAGGAUACUCUAGAAGACUUAGAGUGUUUCUAAGUGGAGAACCAUUGUAAUCAGUUUGAUUAGUGGAUUAAAUCCUCAGUUGAGGUAAAUCACCUUGUCAGGGGUGGACUGGAGUAGUUUAGUUAACAACAAACCAGGAUAAAAAUAAUUGUGUUCUUUAUUUUUAUCUACCAUUUUUUAGAAGUUACACUUAUUCAAUCCUUCGCUUUCUAAGUGUUUUUCACUCCUUCAGCUUUCAGAAUGGAAGAUGAUGAGAAUAUUGAAGCAAUGUUUUCCAGAAUCCAGACUCUGACUGCUGGAUUGAGAGUUCUUGACAAGGGAUACACAAAAGCUGAUCAUGUUAAGAAGAUAAUCAGAAGUCUACCCAGAAGAUGGGGACCAAUGGUUACAGCUUUCAAGAUUUCAAAGAAUUUGAAUGAAGUAUCUCUUGAGGAGCUUAUAAGUACUCUGAGGAGUCAUGAGAUUGAACUUGAUGCAAAUGAGCCUCAGAAGAAAGGUAAGUUUAUUGCUUUAAAAUCUAAAAAUAAAUCUUGUGCUAACGCUUUUCAGGCAGAAGAGGAAGGAUCCGACGAUUCAGAGUCAGAAGAAGAAGAUGAAUUUUCUCUCAUAUCCAGAAGGGUGAAUCAACUCUGGAAGAGUAAGCAGAGAAGAUUCAAGAACUUCAAGAAACCUGAAAAGGGAGAAUCUUCUAAACACAGAAAAUCUGGCAAGAAGAAGGUAGUGUGCUAUGAAUGCAAAGAACCUGGACACUUCAAGAAUGAAUGUCCUAAGCUUCAGAGGGAAAAGCCUAGAAAGAAGUUUGAAAAGAAAAAAGGCAUGAUGGCUACAUGGGAUGACUCUGAUUCAUAUGAUCAAGAGUCAGACUCUGAAGAUGAGCAAGCCAACAUAGCAUUCAAGGCAACAGUUGAUGCUGAAGAAGAAUUUACCUCUGAUUCAGACUCUGAAGAGGUAUUUUCUGAACUCACUAGAGAAGACUUAGUUUCUAGCUUAUCAGAACUUCUGGAAGUCAAGAGUAAACUUAGUCUCAAAUACAAAAAGCUCAAAGAGAUUUUUGCAUCUGAAACUAAGAGAUUUGAAAUAGAAAACUCUGAACUAAAAGAAAAAGUUUUAAAAUUAACUAAUGAUGUUGAUUUUUUUGAAAACAUCUUCAAGUUCAGACACGUCUAUUCCAAGCACUAAUAAUAUUCUGAAAGAAUAUGACUUGAGCUUCAGAAAGUUCUUAUCUAGAGGUAUAGGUAGAAGUUAGUUAGCCUCUAUAAUUUAUGGUGUUAGUGGAAACAAAAGGGUAGGUAUAGGUUUUGAGGGAGAAAUCCCAUAUAAACUAGAACCUGUUGAUAAAAUGAUCAUUGAAUACAAACCUUUGUAUGAACAGUUUAAGUAUGGUCAUUCUCAUGAUAUCAAACACACAUCACACUCUAAAAGUUUUCAUCUCACACGCACACAAAGAAACAUGUUGUUGCACAUUCUUGAAAAACCUAUGUAAAAUCUCAAUUCAAUCAGAACGUGAGAAGGACUAACCCAAAAGGACCCAAAAGAAUGUGGGUACCUAAGGAUAAGAAAAUUCCUGUUGCAGAUCUCUUUCACAGCACAAAAGACAAACAUGUCAUGGUACCUGGACUCUAAGUGCUCACGUCACAUGACGGGAAGAAGGUCUAUGUUCCAAAGUCUAGAAGUUAGAUAUGGAGGAGAAGUGAAGUUUGGAGGGAACUAGAAGGGAAAAAUCAUAGGCUCAGGAACCAUAUGUAAUGGUAAUUCUCCCUCUAUAACUAAUGUUCUUUUAGUAUAUGGAUUAGCUCAUAAUUUAUUGUCCAUAAGUCAAUUAAGUGACAAUGGUUAUGACAUAAUCUUUAAUCAAAAGUCCUGUAGAGCUGUUAGUCAAUAGGAUGGCUCAAUGUUAUUUACAGGAAAAACAAAGAACAACAUUUAUAAGAUUGAUCUUUCAGAUCUUAAGAACCAACAGGUUACUUGCCUUCUGUCUGUUAACGAAGAGCAGUGGGUUUGGCACAGAAGAUUGGGUCAUGUUAGUAUGAGAAAGAUUUCUCAGAUUAACAAACUCAAUCUAGUCAAAGGACUCCCCAAUCUGAAAUAUAAAUCAGACGCUUUUUAUGAAGCAUGUCAGAAAGGGAAGUUUUCAAAACCUGCGUUUAAGUCUAAAAAUGUUGUUUCCUCUUCUAGGCCUUUAGAACUUCUGCACAUUGAUCUGUUUGGCCCAGUAAAAACAGCAUCAAUCAGAGGCAAGAAGUACGGAUUGGUCAUUGUAGAUGACUAAAGCAGAUGGACAUGGGUAAAGUUCUUAAAACACAAGGAUGAGUCACAUUCUAUGUUCUUUGACUUCUGUAAUCAGAUUCAAUCGGAAAAGGAAUGUAAAAUCAUAAAAGUCAGAAGUGAUCAUGGUGGUGAAUUUGAGAACAUAUUCUUUGAAAUUUAUUUCAAAGAAAAUGGUAUUGCCCAUGAUUUCUCUUGUCAUAGAACUCCGCAACAAAAUGGAGUUGUAGAACGAAAGAAUAGAAUCUCCAUUAGGCCUAUUCUCAAUAAGACUCCUUAUGAUUUGUGGAAGAACAGAAAACCUAACAUUUCAUAUUUUCAUCCAUUUGGAUUUGUUUGUUAUAUUCUGAAUACUAAGGAUCAUCUGAACAAGUUUGAUUCCAAAGCUCAGAAGUGUUUCCUUCUUGGAUAUUCUGAACGCUCUAAGGGCUACAGAGUAUACAAUACUAGAACUCUGAUAGUUGAGGAAUCAAUCAAUAUCAGAUUUGAUGAUAAGCUUGGCAUUGAAAAGCCAAAGUAGAAUGAGAAUUUUGCAGAUAUAGACAUCUCUAAACCAGAUCAUGAAGAACCCAGAGGAAAGGAUGACUCAGAAGAUCAAGUUGCAGCUUCUUUAGAGAAUCUCAGAAUAUCUGAAGAGCCAACACUCAAAAGAUCUUCAAGAAUCAACUAUGCUCAUCCAGUAGAUGUUAUAAUUGGAAAGAAAGAUGAUCCCAUCAAAACAAGAUCAUUUCUAAAGAACAACGCAGAAUAUCAAUUUGGUUUAGUGUCUUUGAUUGAGCCAACUUCUGUUGAUAAAGCUCUGGAAGAUGCUGACUAGAUUAUUGCUAUUCAAGAAGAGUUAAAUCAGUUUACAAGGAUUGAUGUUUGGGAUCAUGUUCCAAGACCUAAAGGAUUCAAUAUUAUUGGAACAAAAUGGGUAUUCAGAAAAAAGUUGAAUGAGAAAAAGGUGAAGUGAUCAGAAACAAAGCCAGACUGGUUGCUUAGGGCUAUAGUCAACAAGAAGGUAUUGACUACACUGAAACCUUUGAACCAGUGGCCAUGUUAGAAUCUAUUAGAUUGUUAAUUUCUUUUGCCACUCAGAAUAACACCACUCUUUAUCAGAUGGAUGUUAAGAGUUCCUUUUAAAUGGUUAUAUAGACGAAGAAGUCUAUGUUCACCAACCUCCUGGUUUUGAAGACUCUAAUUCUCCAGAACAUGUUUUUAAACUAAAGAAAUCAUUAUAAGGUUUAAAGCAAGCUCCCAGAGCUUGGUGUGAAAGAUUAAGUUCUUUCCUUAUGGAUAAUGGUUUCACAAGAGAAAAAGUAGACACAAUUCUGUUAUGUAAAACCUGUAAAAAGGAUAUUUUAAUUUGUCAAAUUUAUGUUGAUGAUAUUAUUUUUGGAACAUCUAAUGCUACACUUGGAAAGGAAUUUGCUAAGACUAUGCAGGCAGAAUUUGAGAUGAGCAUGAUGGGAGAUCUCAAAUAUUUCCUAGGCAUUCAGAUCAACCAAACUUCUAAAGGAACCUAUGUUCAUCAGACUAAGUAUGUCAAAGAACUUCUAAAGAAGUUCAGACUAUCUGAAAGUAAAGAAGCAAAAACUCCAAUGCAUCCAACUUGCGUUUUAGGUAUGGAUGAGGUAAGCAAGAAGGUAGAUCAGAAGAUCUACAGAGGUAUGAUAAGAUAUCUUCUCUAUCUGACUGCUUCUAGACCUGAUAUUUUAUUCUUGUGUACUAGAUUCCAAUCAGAUCCUAGAGAAUCUCACUUAACUGUUGUUAAGAGAAUUCUUAGGUAUCUGAAAGGUACUACUAAUGUUGGUUUAGUCUACAGAAGAUAUGAAGAAUACAACUUAGUAGGAUAUUGUGAUGCUGAUUACGCUGGAGAUAGAAUUGAAAGGAAAAGUACUUCUGGAAGCUGUCGGUUUUUGGGAAGUAAUCUGAUCUCGUGGUACAGCAAGAAGCAAGCAACAAUUUCACUCUCUAUAACAGAAGCAGAAAAUGUAGCUGUUGCUGGAUGUAGUGCACAGAUGCUCUGGAUGAAAAGUCAGCUAGAAGACUAUCUGAUAUAUGAGAGUAACAUUCAUAUAUUCUGUGAUAAUUCUUCUGCUAUUUGUUUAUCUCAAAAUCCUAUUUUACAUUCUAAAGCUAAGCAUAUAGAGAUUAAGCAUCAUUUUAUUAGGGACUAUGUUUAGAAGGGUGUUCUUUCUCUAAACUUUAUAGAUACAGACCAUCAAUGGGCUGAUAUCUUUAUAAAACCCCUUGAUGAAGAUAGGUUUAAGUUCAUUCUGAAAAACAUCAGUAUGAAUUUAUGCCCAGAAUGAAGUUUUGAGAUGAUCUAAUAUGUGGAUUAGUCUGAAGAUUAUGCUUUAUUUUUUUUCUUAUUUUACCUAUCAGAUGUUCUGAUUGUGUAUGUUCAUAUGGAUACUCUGAAACUGUUAUCACUAACGUUUCAUGUGCCUAAGUAUGACUCAAAACUUCUGUUAAAGCAAAACAACUGUCACCAGCUACCCCAAGAGGAUGACCACUUGUUCACUCAUUCUGAAGGGACAAGCAUGCGUGCAGUUGAUGAGACGCCGCCCUAGGUAACUGUGCAAAAUCUUUUCAAAUCUCACGCUAUCCUCCACUAACGUCUUUCAGCAUUAAUUAUAAUUGAUUCAUAUUCUAUAACCGUUGCAUUCAGAACUUCAUUGCAUUGCAUUUUCAAACAUGGUCUAUAUAAACUCAUUUCAUCUUCAUUUUAUCUCUUUUCACUCCUUCAUCAUCCUAGUUGUUUAUGCAUUUUUGCUCUCUAUUUCGUCUCUACCAAAACCCUAAACCUAAACAACCCAGAAUUCUAAAUUUCUCUUCUUCAAUGGCUUCAUCUUCAUCAAACCCGUCUGCAUCUCAGCAACAACAACAACAACAGCAACCUGCUUCUUCUCAACAACAAGAGAAACCAGCAUUCAUAGAACCAACAAGAACGUGUCUGAUUCCGUUUGCAGAUUUAGAAUUUCUCUGUGAACUUAUGGUAGAUUUCAACAAUCUUCAAGCACACAACUUCAACAUCAAGACGAACAUGUUAGUUCAAGGCUGGGCAAACUACUUUUAUCGUCUCAUUGGACCAGUUUACCCAGAUUUAUUAAAGGAAUUUUGGAUUCAUGCUACCCUAACCCCCAAAGCUAUCAUCUCCUUCGUCUUAGGGAAAGAGGUUUCAAUUAAUGAGAAUCUCAUAAGGAAGUCAAUGAAUCUCCAAGGUUUGGGUGGAGUAACUGGCGCUAUACCUGGAAGAACUGACUGGGAAACAAUUUACCCAGAAAUCUUUACAUCUGGUAAAGGAUCACCAAACACCAAGGAUCUGAAGCCUCCAUACAGAGUUUAGGCAAAGAUCAUUCUGGGAUCAAUCAACCACAAAAAAUCAUUUGUCUCUCCAACCUACAUAAAUCAAGACCAGUAGUUUCUUCUGUAUUGCAGUGGGAAGGGUAUGAGAAUUGAUUUACCUCACAUUUUGUUCCAUCAUCUAUGGAAUCAUGUGAAGGAAUCAAGAGAGGCAGAAAAGCUAAAAUACCCCAAGAUCAAGAAGAACACCAUUCCUAUGGGAAGGCUGAUAUCAGACACUCUGACAAAGAGUGGUCUGAUAGAUACUUUGAAAGAAGCUGGCGCAGUUCAAGAUCUGACAACUGUUUGUGGGAGUACUCUGACUGCCCAUAGUCUGAGGAGAAUGAAAUUGAUUGAAAAGGUCCUUUCUCCUCCAACAGUGGUCAGUGAUAUUCUGUCCAGAAGAAAUCCAGUUGUUGACUUCCAGUUGUUCUUCAUGGAAGAACAUCCAGACUUUGUCCUCUUCUAUCUGGAGUCUUGUCUAAGAGACAAUUCAGAAUUUGAUCCAGCUUGGCUACAUGGGAGAAACCUUCCCUCUCUGGAUGAAUUAAACAAUAGGGAGAAGAAGAAGGAGAAGAAGAAGAAGAAGAGAAAGGCUAUUGGAGAAGGUCCUUCUACAAAGAAAGCUAAGAAGCUGAAGAAACCUUCAGGUAUUUCUAUUUAUGAUUUUGUACCUAUUAAUAGUUCUGAACAAGUAUCAACAGCAGAUCCUCUUUCUCAUAAAAUCCCUAGAUCAUUUGAAUAACUUAAGAAGUUAAUAUAUGACAUGGAUAAUGUAGAUACUUCUAGUCUACACUCUAGUUCUGACCUUCCCCCUCAGCAAAAACCACCAUCUUCUAAAACUCCAUCUUCCUCCACAAUCUCAAAAGAAAAAGACCACUUCAUUCUGAACCACAAAUUCUGAACCCCCCACCUCUCACUGUUAUAUUCCCAAUAAUUCCAUAUGAAAAUAUCUUCUCCACUCCCCAACCUCAAUCAUCAUCCUCUAUCCCUCAACCAAUCUCACCAAUAUCUGACCCUCCAUCAGCAAUUGACAUUCAUGUCCUCUGUAAUUUCACUGAAUCUUCAUCCUCUGAAUCUUCUCUCCUUCACCACCCUCGCAUCCAAGAUCCUACUUCUGAUCCCCCAGUUGUCAUUAUUGACUCUGAUCAUGAAGCAGAAUCUGCACCCAUCUCUUAUCUUCUUCCUGAUAGACCAUCUGAACCCUAUCUCAUCUCCAACCCCCCAAGAACCAAUAACUAUUAUUAGACCCACUCCAUCUCUACCCUCUGUUGAUACUCGUUUUCAGGUACUUAACUACAGAGGGUACAGAACAGGUUGGAAAUGCUGAAGGCUGCCCAUGCUGUUGGAAAGCUCUGGGAUGUUUUCACCAAAGAGCUGCAAGCUGAAGUUCUGGAUCUUUAGAAAAUCUGUGUCUCUGAAGCUCCUGGUCUAGCUGGUCUAGCUCUGGACUAUGGUCAUUGGAAGACUCUGUAGGAAAUUAAGAAAUGGAAAACUCUGCAAGCUGAAACUUCUGGUGCUGCUGCAUCUGAAGUUGAUGAGAUGGACCUAGAGGCUGAUGAUAUGGAUUUGGAUAAUCCUCUGCCUAUGGUGGUUUGGAAGCCAAAACAGUUUCCCUUCGCACCUAAGGAUCUUACUGUUCUGACUGGUGAUAUGGAGACUCUGUUCUCAUGUUUUGACGCUAACCCAGUUGAUCAACUUAUUGUUCAAUCACCUCUUUCUUCUGUUGCUAGUUCCUCUACCUCUGAAGUGUGGAAGACUCUGAAGAAACUUCAGAAGAAUCAAGAGGAUUUUUUUGAUCGUCUGGCCAAGCAAGAGGAUACAAACCAAGAGUUCAAGACUUGGAUGUAGAAAUCAGAAGAAAGUUAUAAGAAGCAAGCAGAAGACACUGCUGAUAUCAAGAAUCUACUAGCAGCAUUAGCCUCUAAACUUACCCAGUCUUAGUAUGUGUCUUGAGUUUUUUUUCUUCAGUUUUCUUUGUUUCUUGCAUCUGCUUUCGUUUGUCCAUUGCAUGUGAUUGUAAACACUCUGUUUUAUCAAUAAAUUUCUUCCUUCAUCUUUUGUGUGUCUUUCAUCUGAAUCUUUUAUAUAAAUAUGUGCUUUUUGAUGUUAUGACAAAAAGGGGGAGAAACGUUCUAUUUGAACUGAUUUAUUAUAUCAGUUGCUGGGCUUAAGUCUCAACAUUCCUAACAAAAAAUAUUGCAAGAUUUCGUCUCUGAUAGUUUUGCAGGAAUGUGAUUAUCUGAAAAAGUUCAAAAAGGGGAGAAACGUAUCUUGAGAAAAUCUUCCAAAGAUUUGAAGCAAACAAAGUUUAAUGCUCUGAUACAAGAUAUUGCAAAGAUCUGAAGCAAUCUACUCCGAUGCUCUGAUAAGCUAAGCGUUCUAAAGAAAAAUUCAAAGCUUUGAAGUUGUCCAAUGGAAGCUCUGAAAGAAAGCUCUGAAUCAUCUGAAGAUAAAGCUCAACGUGAAAGUCUCUUCUGAAAUGGAAAAUACUCAGGGAAGUCUUUUAUUUAUAAAUUCUUCUUGUUUUAAUUUCAGGGGGAGAUUGUUAAUCUCAGGGGGAGACAUAUUCACACACUCUGAUUAAUAUGCUUUUAUGCUAUAUCUGUGUAUUAUCUUUUUCAUCUGUCAUUCUGGAUACAAAUUCAUAUCAAUUCUGUAUGUUUUUGUCAUCAUCAAAAAGGGGGAGAUUGUUAGAACAUGACAAAUACUGCACGUAGACUGGACACCGAACCUAUGUAUGGUGAAGCCCUAACAAUGGUGGUUCCAUGGCCCUACGUCCAAGCUUCGUUCCAAGGGUCCUGUCACGUAUUAAAAGCUACCAGAAACUCAUGUAAAGCGUUAGAUUCAAUUGAUAUGUAUCGAAACAUGACAAACAAAAAUUCACGAAUAUAUGAAAAAAAAGGAACAUAGUAUGGUCGUGUUGCACAUUACGAGGGGCUCUGUUAUAAUAAGAAAUGUUCUGAUCAAUAUUCUUAGUUUUGAUGAUAACAAUGUAUAUGAAUUUUGUAUAAGACAAUGUGGUACUCUAAUCCUAUGCAUUUUCCAUUUAAGGAAAUAUAUAAUGAGUAUGCACAAUUCAGCGCAAGAAGCACUGACUCAGAAGGUUCAAGUAUGCAACAUCAGAACAUGCUCUCGCAAGACAUCAUAAGAUGGUAAAGCAGAAUCAGAACAUUGUCUAUUGAAGCAUCAGAAGAACUUGAGUUCAGAAGCAGAAACACUGAAGUUCUUAUGGUAUCACGCUAGAAGCACUUCAAAGUCAGAAGACAAGAAGAUGCUCUGCACCAAGCUGUUUGACUCGGAUUAAUUCAAACGUUGUAUCUACAAAGAUCAGAUCAGAAGCAAGUACAAGAUGGAAGGCUACGCUGACUGACAAAAGGAACGUUAGAACCUAUUAAAGGCAAAGUCAGUUAAAGCAGGAAAAGCAAGGCUCGAGGUAGUUGACAAAAGAGUGAAACAUUAAAUGCAAUGCUGUACGGAUCAUGCAACGCAUUAAAUGCUCCCAACAGUCAUCUUCUCAAAACGCCUAUAAAUAGAAGUUCUGAUGAGAAGCUGUAGACACAACUCUUGCGCAAAAAUACAGAAACACUUUCAAAUUCAAAAGCUCUCAAACUUCAUCUUCAACCUCACAUUACUUUUGUAAUAUCAUAGUGAGAUUUAAGCUUAAAACUUAAGAGAAAUAUCACAGUUGUGAUUAUAGCUUAUUAAGAAGCAUUGUAAUACUCUUGUAAGAAUUUGUUUACAUUAAUUUGUAAAAGGUUCCUAGAGUGAUCAAGGUGUGAUCAGAAUACUCUAGAAGACUUAUAAGGUAUCUAAGUGGAAAACCAUUGUAAUCAAGGUUAAUUAGUGGAUUAAAUCCUCAGGUGAGGUAAAUCACUCUAAGGGGGUGGACUGGAGUAGUUUCGUUAACAACGAACUAGGAAUUCAAGUGGCUAUAUAAUGGUGUCAUCUCUGCUCUUCAAUCUCAGCACAUCACGAAUAGUUUUCGUCCAGUAUGAGUUUCAUUUGUCUCCAAAUAGGGUUUGUCUGGGUUUGGUACUGUCAUGGGUUGCUAUACCAAUUUUCAUUCAGAAGAAGAGAAAAGAGGGUUGGGGACACUGUGUAUUUCUGUCAUGAAUUCGUGUGUGUGACCACCAAAAAGUGUUCGUUCCUUGUAUGGUCAGGCCUUCUAAAGGAUUUUGUGAUUUGUGAUUUGAGUUUUGAACACAAUUGUGAUUUGUGUUCUGAGUUACAGGAAGUAAGGGAUUCCUCCCCUAUCUUCUUCCUCAUGUACACCACAGUGUGUGUACUUCACAAAGGAAGUUGGUGGUAGUGUUCAACAGGGUGUUAUGACAUUGAUCCUCUUUGUCAUAUUAUAGCUAAAAAGGGGGAGAGUUAUCCAAAAUAUCAUCUAAAGUCCACUACUAUCAAAAGAAACAAAGGAUUUUGUAGACACAGUAUGGACCUGAAGAACAGAAGAUGUUGAAGCCCAAUUCUGAGAAUGUAAAAAAUCUGUUCUUCCUUGUUGUCUUGAAAGUUGAAGCAUUUAUGUUUUGCUGCAUUUUUAAUGUAUGUAUAGUUUUAGCCAAAAUAUGCCAAAGGGGGAGAUUGUUGAUGUUUUUAUUGGCUGAUUGAUAUCUAUGUUUGGCUAAAAUAUAAUAGCAGCAAAAUAUAAUACAAUGUAUAAGUCUUGCAAAAAUAAAAGAACAAAACAGGUACAAGCAAGAUGUUAUAUGGAAUGUUAUGACAUCAAUUCAUGACAUCGCGCCUGCAGAACUGGAAUAAAGAUUCAGUUUCAUUCUCAACAGAUACAAAAUAUUCUAUGAAUAUUAUGUAAUCCAAUGUGGCACAGAUUUUAAGGUCAAUAGAAUCAAGUCAGAAUAUUGAAGAAUCAAAUCAGAAUAUUGAAGAUUCAGCAGUUUCUAACUUAGGAGAUAAAUUAGGAAACUUGUGAUCGAAGACCUUUCUUUUAGCAGAAGAUAUCUGCAUAUUUGUAACAGCCAGUAGUGCUGCGAUUUGUAAGCCCAAGUCCAAUUGGGAAUAGGUUAUAAAUAGAAACCUUUGUUACCUAGUUUGACAGAAAAAAUAUAGAAAACUGUGUUUAGAAAAUAUGUAGUCAUUAGGGUUUCUAUAGGUAGACCACCCAGGCUGUGGGAUGGCUGUCAUGUCCUUCUCGAAACCUUUAGGUAAGAGAAGCUAUUGUUCUCACUCGAAACCUGUAGGUAAGAGUUGAGUAUUGUGUUCUUGAUUGAAGUUGUGAAGCAAGAUCAAGUUGUUAGAACAUGAAAUGUUCUAAUCAAUAUUUCUAGUUUUGAUGAUAACAUUAUAUAUGAAUUUUGCAUAAGACAAUGUGGUACUCUAAUUAUUCACGUUUUCCAUUUCAGGAAAAGUCUAAAAGAGUAUGCACUAAAUCAUUAUUCAGAAGCUCUGACCCAGAAGAUCUGGAUGGCUUCAUCAGAACAUGGUCUGGAAGACAUCAGAAGAUGGUCUUGAAGAAAUCAAAACAUGAUCUAGAAGGCAUCAGAAGAUGGCAAUCAAAAGCAAGGCUCUGAAGAUUUGAUGGUAUCACGCUACAAAGAACUUCCAAAGUCUGAUGACUGAAGUAGCCUCUGCACCAACGCUGAAGACUAUGAUAUUCAAACGUCAUUCUAAUAGUCUGAGUCCAGAAGCAAGUACAAGAUGAAAAAGCUACAACGUCAAAUCUGUCUGUCAGACAAAAGGAACGUUAGAAGCUACAAAAGGCAAAGUCAGCAAGAGCAGUUGAAACAAGGCUCGAGGUAGUUGACAAAAGAGUGAAACAUUAAAUGCAGCUGUGUACUAUUCACGUAAAGCAUUUAAUGCUGUUCAACGGUCACAUUUCUCACUGCCAUAUAAAAGAGAAGUCCUGUUUGCUAAAGAAAUACAACGCACGCUGAGAGAACUUAUGCUGCCAAAUUGAUUCACAAAGCUAUCAAACAAAAAGCAAGGAAACUUCAUCUUCAACCUCACAAAUCUUAUAAUAUCUUAGUGAGUGUUAGAACUUAAUCUUGAGAGAAAAAUCACUUGGUGAUUAUAGCUUAUUAAGAAGCACAUUAAACUCUUGUAAUAUUAUUUACUAUUUUAUAAAAGGAAAUUCCUAGAGUGAUCAAGUUGUGAUCUGUAUACUCUAGAAGACUUAGAAGUUGUCUAAGUGGAAUACCAUUGUAAUCAAGGUCGAUUAGUGGAUUAAAUCCUCAAUUGAGGUAAAUCACUCUGUAAGGGGUGGACUGGAGUAUUUUGAAUAACAACGAACCAGGAUAAAAAUAACUGUGUGAUUAUUUUUAUCUGCCAUUUUUUAGAAACAACCCUUAUUCAAUCCCCCCUUUCUAAGUGUUUUUCACUCCUUCACAAGUUAGUGUUCAUUGUUAAUUGUUUAAAUAGAUGUUGCAGGGUUGUAACAGUUAGGUAUCACUAGGGAGUGAGCAGUGGUUCUCUUGUCUUAGAUGGGGUUCUAAGAUAAAGGUUGCAUUGGGUAGUGACUAUGUAAACCAAAGGUUGUUUAUUUGUAAACCAGAGGUUGUUUACAUAAAAUAGUACUACUGAUCGUGAAAUCUUCUUCUUGGCUUGGUAGACGCCAGAGUAGGUAGUUAAAUCGAACUGGGUUAAUGAUUCACUGUGUUAUUUAUCUUCGGCAUUGUAUUGUCUGUUCAGUCUUGGAUGUUGUAACAUCGCGUAUAACAUCAGGUUCAGGUUUGAUAGUUGUUCCUUUUACAGAACCAAUAAAGAUUAUAAUCUGGUUAUGUUGACUGAACAUACAUGAUCCCAGUACUCAUGGACUCCUUCUUAGGAGUAAUUAAAAAUUGGGGAUCUUUCUGUUCUGCCUUUGCUAAGCUAAUAACAGAUCAGAUGUCUUGACAUUGUGAGUGACAUCUUGAGUCUGUCAUACCAGAAUUUCACUUGAUGAAUCAUGAUCAACCCUUGAUCAAAUGAUGAAUGUUACUUCAAAAUGUUGAUGUUGACCAAAAAUCAGGAGUUUUGACUGUAAUUUGACCAUAAUUGACUUUGAGGUCAAACUAGUUGACUAUUGAUCAUUUGAGUAGUUGACUGAGCAAUCUUGGGACUCAGAGCUUGGAGAUUAUCAUGAGGAUCCUUUGAGGCAUAUGAGAUGCUAUGAGGUCCACUUGAGGUAUCAGAAACUGAUUUUACUUGAAGAGAGAGAAAACCCUAGUUGGAGACUUGUUGCUUAUGAGACAAGUAAGUGAGCCCAAUUCUUGCAUAGUCUUGAGUCAUAUGAGUCAAAGUAUCUUAAAAUAUGAUGGAAAAAUUUUGGGGUAUGACAGCUGCCCCUGUUCAAUCUUCUUAAACUAGAGGAUCUAGAUUGACUUGUGUGCCUGUCGGAAUCUGAAGGUGGAAGAGGAUUGAAUAAUAGAAUACCCGGAAAUUUGCCCUUGCUGAGAUAGGGACCUUUGUCGUAGAUGGGCUUGAAGAUGCCAUCUAGGAGAAGCAUUGUCGGAGAUGGGCUUAACUAUGCCAUCUGGAUUUGAUAAUAUGAAAGUAAGAAUAAGUCGUACAUUAGACUGUAUCUGAGCACAAUGUGUUGAGAAGUGUUUGUUGGAGAUGGGCAUGUAGAUGCCAUCUAUUUUUGGAGAUUGAUAGUGUCAGCACCGUUCGUGGCGACCGAAUUAGAUCUUUGAAUGUUGAUUGUGUCAGUACCAUUCGUAGUAACCGAAUUAGAUCUUGGAAAGAUAAUUGUGUCUACACCGUUCGUGAUGAUAGAAUUAGAUCUUGGAAUAUUGAUCGUGUCAGCACCGUUCGUAGUAACUGAAUUAGAUAUUGGAAAGAUGAUCGUGUCUACACCGUUCGUAAUGAUAGAAUUAAAUCUUUGAAUGUUGAUCGUGUCAAAACCGUUCGUAGUAACUGAAUUAGUUCUUUGAAGGAUGAUCAUAUCUACAUCAUUCAUGAUGAUAGAAUUAGAUCUUUGAAUGUUGAUUGUGUCAGAACCGUUGGUAGCAAAUGAAUUAGAUCUUUGAAGGAUGAUCGUGUCUACACCGUUCGUGAUGAUAGAAUUAGAUCUUUGAAUGUUAAUUGUGUCAACACCGUUCGUAGUAACUGAAUUAGAUCUUUGAAGAUUGAUCGUGUCUACACCGUUCAUGAUGAUAGAAUUAGAUCUUUGAAUGUUGAUCGUGUCAGCACCGUUCGUAGUAACUGAAUUAGAUCUUUGAAGAUUGAUCGUGUCAGCACCGUUCGUGGUUAUUGAAUUAGAUCUUUGAAAAUUGGAGAUAUUAUUUAUUUGCCUGUACUCGUAUCCUGAAAAAAAAAGUAGAGUUAAUCUCUAUGCAAUGUCAUGAUGCAUGUGAUGUAUUGUGUAAUGAAAUUCUCAAAAUAAAUGAGAAUCUUUUAGGUUAUGUAUAUAUUGUAUGUUUUUUGAAAUGGAUGAUAGUGUUAUGCAUAUGCCAUGACGUAUAUGAUGUAUGAAUGCAAAAUGUCGUUAAUGAGGACGACAGAUCAUAGUAGCGCCUGGCGAGGAAAAUAAAUCCCUGACUGUUGCAAAGAUUACGGAGUACAAGUGUAGGAACUCUCGCUACAUGCUCAAAAAUAUUCAGUUGGAGAUCUUUAACUUCUUCUUGGGGAUGGAUGUAUCUUGAAUGAUUGAUCUUGAUGUACCCUGACUGGGGAUAAGAGAGAUGAAUAGAAUCUCUGAUGUUCCAUCUGACUCAGCUCAACUGUGGCUGCCAACCUUUAUGGGGAUGGUGGAUUUGGAGAAGAGAUUAUUCGUCAGCCAAUUGUGGGGUCUUCUCUCUCGUCCUCUUUCCAGCAUGCGUGGAAUGGUGUAGCUGGUGGGUCAAAGGAGACCAAACACCUUCGUAUUCUGAUUGGCUGCACACGCGGACGUGGGGCCCAGUUUUAUUCUUUAACCUUUCAGCAUAAAUUUGUUUAUUAUAUUUAUUGUACUGGGCGUGAACAUUAAACAUGAAACGUUUCUGACACAAAUGGUAAUGGUUACAUGGAAAUUGCCUCCAAAAACCAGGGUUCGAACCCUGCAGGUGGCAAUUAUAUUUUUACUAUUGGUUUCAAUUGCGAUUUCUCGAUUAUUCGAUUUAAUUAGUUUAAUCAAUUUUAAAUUAUAAAAAUCAUAAAAAACCCUAGAAAGGUUAUAGGUGUUAGGGUUUGCCCAAUCCCACUGCCCAUUUGGCAAAAACAUUAAUCCUCAAUCAAUUUUCUCUUCGACCCGACUAUAUUGUGUAAUAACUAAAUUUAUUAGUUAUGAGAGGUAAUGAUAAAACUUGAAAUUAAUUACAAAAUUAAAAAAAACACUUUAUUUGCUGUUCGUGACGAUCGAACCUAUCGGUCAGAAUGGUCAGCAAUACAUUAUCUAAUCCGUUAAUUAUGGUGAUCAAACCUAUUGAUCAUCGCAACUAACGGUAACAUAUUAAAUCAGGGUUGUACGCCAAACUUAAAACACUCCUUCAAACUACAGAUUUUCAUCACUGCGAUAGGUAACUCAAAAUACCUUGCAAACCACAAAACUCAAAACUACGAUAGGUAAUUCAAAAUACCUUCAAACCAUAUCAUAGGCGUACAACCAUGUGCCCGAACUACGUUGACUCUGAUUCUCCCUAAGGAGAUACGUAGGCACUUGGCAACAAGGCGAGUCCUCUUCCUCAAAAUUCUAAUCAGGUUUAAAUCUUGUUGUCAUUUACCCUAUUAACUUUCUGUCAUCUUUCUUUAUGUUUAGCCACAAACCUUUAUUUUAAACUGCAAACCUUAGGAAAGGGUUGAGGGUGCCUAACACCAUCCCUUGACCUGAUUAUAAUAACUUACCCAGAUCUUUAUACUGCGUAAGGUUUCCUAUUUGCCCUGGUAGAAUAGGUGGCGACUAUAAAUAAUUUAAUUUUUAGGGCAGGUUGCUACACCUUGCACAAAAAUGGACAUCCAAAUCCUGCACUAAAAAAGCAAUGAAUCAGAGCACCAUAUAAGUUUAAAUCUUCUCACAAAUUCCCCCCAAAAUUCAUUCUCAUUGAGCUAUAAAAAGACUACUAACACAGUAGAAAGAGGGGGGAGAAAAUUGUUAGAAAAAAGCUCUGCUAAAGAAAAAUAAAAUCCAAAAAAGCUUCCCUAAAAAUUCAUACUAAACUGGUUUAAAGUUUUCAUCGAUUCAUCUUGAAAUCACCUUAAAAACUUGUUGAAAACCAUAUACAACCUUCAUUCAGUAGAACCUUUACCCUCAUCUUCAGAACAAACACCUUCACAGCCACCUUAAACCUCACUCAACUUCAAUACUCAACUCACCUCACUCUCACUACAAGAAAAAAUUCCAACUGCCAUAGACUCACUCAACCUUAAAACCAUUCACCUGCAAAUGAUUCAAACAGAAACCAUAAAAGUUCGUUUCACCUUCAUCCCAUUAACCUAACAGUAAUCCAAACUCAGACCACCUCCAUAACACACUCAUAGUAUUCACGCAAUAACAACAUACAGAACAACAUCAGAUUAAGCUCACAACAACAAGAUUCACCCAAGAGGAAGAAGAGAAGAUCAGCAAAGGAGAAUAUUAAGAGUACCUGAAUCUUCACUUCUAUUAGUUUUUUAUACUUGCUUUUAUACUUUGAUUUCUGAUUGCUUGAUUUCUGAUUGCUCUUCGAAUUUGUAUAGUAAAAAUCUGAAGCAUUUGGGCUUAAUUUUAGGGUUAUGUUGGGGAUAAGGGUAAUCUUUGAUUUUCUUGCUUGAUCUUAGUCUGUAGUUGUUGAUUUUCGUUUGAAACUAAAAUGCGAGUGAGAGACGAAGAGAUUUAGGUCCUCAUUUCAAUUUCUUCUUCAUGAAUUCGAGAAUAGGGAUAUGAGAAAUCGAGACCGAGGUAGAGAGCCAAUCGGUGUUGUCGCUGUUGCUGUUUGUUCACCGUGAGAAAUUGAAACGAGAGAAAUUUCCAUGAGAGAGUGAUAUGAGGGAAGGAGAUAUAAUUUGUUUUUUUGUUUCUGGAAACCGACUCAAGAAGAGGAACGAGUUUGAUGUUAUUGUUAGUGUGAGGUUGAAGAUUAUACCAAUAUAGGGAUGGAGGCGGCUCACUCGUUUUUUUUAGCUUUAGGGUUUUCUAAACUUUAGCUAGCUCCUGGGCCUAUGUCAUCAAGCCCAAAUCCAAUUUCCUUGCCAUACACACCCUGUAGUAUGUGCUA